AUGGAGCCAGUGCCGAAGUUUUUUAGAGCACGACCGGUUCCUCUAGCAUUACGGCCGAAAGUAGAAGAGACACCCCAAGAGCUAGUUGACCAUUCGGGGAGGGCAACCCUAUUGGUGGACGUCCCGAAACCUGGAGGCAAAGUUAGAAUAUGCGGAGACUGUAAGAUAACGAUAAAUCCGCAAUUAGAUAUUAACCAGUAUCCACUGCCCAAGCCAGAUGAUCUGUUCCACAUGUUAAACGGUGAACAAAAGUUUUCAGCCUUGAACCUGUCAGAAGCAUAUAUGCAGGUCAUGUCGCGGUAG